AUGGCUCCCAUGCAGGAAGAUGAAACCCACCAGGAAGUAAAGACACCACUACAACUCAUUUCUCAAGGUGUUUGCCUUCCUGGUAUCCCUAAGCAUCCCACCUUCGCUGCACAGCGGCAAUGGAUGCUGGAGAAAAUGGCGCUGGCUUUCCGCGUCUUUGCACGCUUGGGGUAUACGGACGGCAUGGCCGGUCACAUCUCGGUGCGAGACCCAGAAAAUCCGCACACAUUUUGGACGAACCCAUUAGCAGUGCACUUCGGCCUAUUAAAAGUCAGCGACAUGAUCCUUGUGGACUAUGAAGGGGUGCCGAUUGGUGGAAAUCGGAGUCGACCAGCGAAUGCUGCAGGAUUUUUGAUUCACAGUGCGGUUCAUAAGGCUCGACCAGACGUUAUGGCGGCUUGUCAUACUCAUAGUCCCCAUGGUAUGGCAUGGAGUGCAUUCGGACGGCCACUAGAAAUGCUUACUCAAGAUGCUGCGUACCUGUAUGGUGAUGCCCAGGCUGUAUAUCAGGACUUUGGAGGGGUUGUACUCACACAGGAUGAAGGUGACCGCAUUGGUACCGCGCUAGGACCAAAGGGCAAGGGUAUGAUUCUCCAGAACCAUGGUCUGCUCACUGUUGGCUCCACGGUGGAUGAAGCAUGUUUUCUGAUGACUCUCAUGGAGCGUGCUUGCCAGUGUCAGCUUCUAGCCGAGGCGGCAGCGGCCAACGGAUUGCCGAAAGUUCUCAUCCCGGAAGAAAGCGCGAAGUACACGUUUGAUAACUCGAGUGACCCAGAAACCCUCUACUGGGAGGGACAACCAGACCUACAGUAUGAAGAAUACAUGUGCAAUGGCGAACAUCGAGGUUGA